AUGAAUUAGAAUAAAAACUCUUACAUUCAAUAUGGAGAUCAAUUGUGCUAUGUAGAAAAAAUAAAAAUUAUUAAGGCAGGACAAAUUAAUGGCAGCAAACCGAUUGGAAUUUGGAGGAUUUAAGUUGACAAAUACUGUAAUAAUAAAUGUUUAGUCUAAACAAUUUUUCUCAAAUUCAAACAAAAUGGAGAAGCUAAAAUGAUAGUGCAAGGAUAAAUCACAUAAAUUUCAAUUAAUUUGAUAAAACAUUUAAGAAAAUAAUUAUUUGAAACAAAAGACUCACAAGUAAGCUAAGGAGAACUUGAAAAUAUUGCUUUUACGAAAUUUAAAGAGAGAGUGUUUAAAUGGUAUUAUAUAUAUUGA